AUGGCGCUCCCCGAAUACAAGCAAAACUUCCUCAAAGACUGCGUCUCAGCCGGCGCAUUGAAAUUCGGCACCUUCACCCUCAAGUCCAAGCGCAUAUCACCCUACUUCUUCAAUGCGGGUCUCUUCCACCGCGCCGACCUCCUCCGCUCCAUCUCCUCAGCCUACGCACACACACUCAAGAACCACGGCGACUCGGACCCUUCGUUUCAAUGGGACAUUCUCUUCGGCCCAGCCUACAAGGGCAUUCCCCUCGCAGCAGCCUCAGUCGACAAGCUCGCAGAUCUGGACAUGGCCAAGUACGGACAAAAGAGCUACAGUUUCAACCGUAAAGAGGCGAAAGAUCACGGUGAGGGCGGCAACAUCGUUGGUGCGAGUCUGAAGGGGAAGAAGAUUGUUAUUGUGGAUGAUGUCAUUACGGCUGGUACGGCGAUUAGAGAGGCUAUUGAUAUUAUUAAGAGGGAGGGGGGUGAGCUUGUGGGCAUUAUCGUGGCGUUCGAUAGGCGGGAGAAGAUGCCUACGGCGACUGAUGAUGAUGGAAAGCCCGGCCCCAGUGCGAUUGGAGAGGUUAGGAAACAAUAUGGUAUUCCUGUACUAGCUAUCUUAACGUUGGACGAUGUUGUGGAGUAUCUGAGGAGUCUGGGUGGGGAGGAGGAUCUCAAGAGACUGGAUGAGUAUCGUGAGAAGUACAAGGCGAGUGAUUAG